CAAUUCUAGGUAUGAUUACGUAUAGCCUUCAAAACCAAUAGCGCUGUCAAUCAGUAACAGACACAACACAGAGAGAGAUAGAGAUUGAGAAAGAGAGAGAUGAGGUUUAUGAAUUACAUUACACAAUGGAGAAGUGCCGCGAAGGAAGCAUUAGAUCGCACUGCAAUAACAGUCAAGUUCCUAUGCUGGCUUCACUUCACCGAUAACUACCUCUUCUCCGCAACUCACGUGUAUGGACCUAGCAUGCUUCCCACCCUAAACCUCGCCGGCGACGUCGUUCUCACCGAACGCCUCUCUCAUCGCGUCGGGAACCUCGCCCAUGGUGACUUGGUGCUCGUUAGGUCCCCUGUGAACCCUAAUCGGUGCUUGACCAAGCGAAUUGUCGCCAUGGAAGGGGACACUGUUUCUUACUUUGAUCCCUUGCGUGCUGAUGCUGCUCAAGUUGCAGUGGUACCAAAGGGACAUGUUUGGAUUCAAGGGGAUAACGUCUAUGCCUCCCAUGAUUCACGUCAUUUUGGUCCUGUUCCAUAUGGUCUUAUACAAGGAAAAGUCUUUUUUCGGGUUUGGCCACUUGAUAGCUUUGGACUACUAGAUCAAUGAAGAUAUUUUAAAGACGGUUAAAGGUUUAUAUAUUUCGUUUACCAGAGUGCUCAUGAUCAUUUAUUCUGUAAAAGGCAUUGAACUUGGAUGGAGAUUCGGGGAUCUCCAUGAAGGUGGCUGUUAGCAAGGGAAUGCUUAAAGCUCACGCUUCCUUUUGGCAACGCGGGAUACAUGUUCUGGUCUAUUUGAGUUCUGUGUAAUGUGUAUUUUUAAUAGAGAUCAAUAUAUGGAAAACAAUUGAUUAGGAAUCAUGCAUUACUCCUUAUUUUUGAUUAUAUUCAGGGUAGGUUUUCUGUCUUUCUUUUACCCGGUGUCAAUUUAUAUCUGAAACUAACAGUUAUUCAAUGUAAUAAUCUGUUUUGCCUUUCAAUGCGAUUAUUUCAUUCGUGAA